AGUUGAGCGACGCACUGUGUUUAGGGAAGUCGGGUGAUUCGUUAGUGCUCGUGCCAAGUGACAUGGCUUCAACAUGUGCAUGUAUUUUCGUGUUGCUAUGUUUCUUAUCAUCGGCAAAUGCCUUUUUCUUCUCGAAAAGUCCCGUCAACUGCUCCGCGUCUGAGCGACGAUGUACAGAGGACAGCGCCUGCUUGGCUGCCAAGCUCUGGUGUGACGGGAUAGAACACUGCAACAAUGGCGAGGACGAGAGAGAGUGCGCGCAAAGAGGUUCCCGGGAGUGUUUGGACCAGAGUCUCUGGUUCCUGUGCAGCAACAAGCGCUGUAUCAGCAGGGAUUUGUGGUGUGACGGCCACGACGACUGCAUGGACCGUUCAGAUGAGGACAGCUGCCCCUUACACGCCUUGACUACCAAGAACUGCAGUGCUGCCGAGUUCCGGUGUGACAACGGAAGUAGCUGUAUUCCUCUAGACUGGCGUUGUGACGGAUCUGCGGACUGUAUGGACGAAACCGACGAGAGCAAGUGCUCCUGUCCACCUGGCCUGUACCAGUGCCCCAACAGCACGCGGCUGGUUUGUCUGAUCCAGUCGCAGAGGUGUGAUAACAAGCCGGACUGUGACGACGGCGCGGAUGAGACCGGCCCCGAGUGCGCCAUUCGGUCUCAGUGCACCAAGGCCCGGGGAAUGUUUCUGUGUAAGGAUGGCCUUGAGUGCAUGGACGGGGGCAAGGAGUGUGAUGGCAAGGUGGACUGCACCGACCAGUCGGAUGAAAGUAACUGCACAUUCUGUUCUCAACACGAGUGUGAACACGGCUGCACGAGAACAGGGCUCAACGCUACCUGCACGUGCUUGAAGGGCUAUCGUCUGCUCGCUGAUGGAAAAAGAUGCAGAGACUUUGACGAGUGUGCGAAUCAGACUCCGAGACACCGACUCUGCAGCCAGGAGUGCAAGAAUAACAUCGGCAGUUACAGGUGCAGCUGUAUUGAUGGUUACAGGCUGAACAAAGACGGGAGUCGCUGUGAUGCCAAAGGACGAGAAGCAACGAUGAUUGUGGCCAACGGGAACAUGAUUCGGACGUUCACCCUGAAGUUGGGCCAGUACAACAGCCUGCAGAAUGGCCUUCAAGAUGUCAUUGACAUUGCUGUGGACAGCCACAACCAGAGGAUCUUUUGGACUGAUGGCUACAGUAGGCAGGUUCUCUCGAUUGACAUAUUGGGCAACAACCAUCGAUCCCUCGUAGUUCACGGGCUGAAGUCUCCGAAAGGUCUGACGUAUGACUGGCUGAACAAUCUGCUGUACAUUGUGGAUGAUGGGAGGAAGGCUAUCCUGGCGUGUCGGGCGGAUGGAGCGUUCUGCACCUCGGUCCUAGACGGGCUCACGGCUCCCCGGGAUAUUGUUGUAGAUCCCAUAGCGAGUUACCUCUACUGGACGGACAUGACAAGCCGCCCGACAAUCAUGCGCAGUGACGCUGACGGAAGUAACAUCAUGACUCUGGUGAGUGAGCGGAUGGGGCAGCCACGUGACCUAGUGAUCGACUACACCACCAACUGCCUGUACUGGAUUGAUGCGCAGCCGCACAACAGUCGUGUGGAGAGACUGUGCCCAGGGAAGGAAGCUGUGAAAGAGAUUGUACUAGCCCACGAUAUCCGUGAUCCUAAGUCUCUGGCCCUCCUAGAAGAUGAGAUUUACUGGUCAAACGAGGGACGGGUGGUCCGUGACGACAAGUUCGACGGCAGGAAGCGAGAACUGGUUCUUAAAGACAUGCCAGUGGUCAGCAACCUCGACAUCAUGCAUCCUGCACUACAGCCACGACCACGGGAUUUCACGGCCACCUGUCCCGGAACGUGCAGCCACGUCUGCCUGCCAAGCCACCGCUCCUCUUACGUCUGCGCAUGCCCGACUGAUCUGAUUCUUGGCGCAGACGGCUCCCAGUGUGUGAGAGAUGAAAAUGCAACGUACAUUCUCAUUGGCCAACAGACCCAGGUUUUGGAGUUUUCGGUUGGUCACCUUGGCAACGAUGCCUACAAAAAUGUUGACAUCAACUAUCUGAACAACAUAUAUCUUGUUGACUAUGACCCAGUCAACAACAGCAUUGUGUUCGUGGACAAGGACAGUCGUAAGAGACCCAUCAUCUGCUCAGCCCAGAUCACCAGGGGGUCCCAGAUGAGGAAAAACGUGUUGGUAGACCAGGAUAUCCUCAGUGUAGAGGGCUUGGCGGUGGACUGGGUAGCCCGCAAUGUGUUUUGGCUGGACCUGCGGAAGAGAACGAUAGAAGUAGCGAAGCUGGAUGGCUCCUCACGCGUUGUUGUUACGGACCAGUCGUUGGCCGAACCGCAUGGUCUGGCCUUGUACCUUGAAGCCGGAGUUCUGUUUUAUGCUGACUGGGGCGAACGACCCCACAUUCAGAGAUGUGACAUGGACGCAACCAACUGCAUCCUGAUCGUGGAUGAACGGAUACGACAACCCAACUCCCUGACGGUGGACCCUGACAAGUACCGGCUGUACUGGAGCGAUAUGAAGCUUGAAAUGAUCUACUCUGUCGCCAUCGAUGGCUCGGACCGCGCCUCACACGUUUUUGCAAAGAACAUCAAUUCCAUAGUAGUGGACGGAAGUUUGAUCUACUGGACCGAUGGUCUGACAGAUGCUGUGCACUUGAUCAACAGCUCGCGGCGCCAUGGCGACCAGAUGGACUACCACAGUGGACACACGGGGCUCACGGGGAUGGCACUGGUCAACACGAAGAAGACCAAGCCAGUAGAAAAUGGAUGCAGCCAUGACAACGGUGGCUGCUCUCACAUCUGCUUGGCCAAGGAACAAGGUGCCGUGUGCAGAUGCCCUGCCAAUAUGACGCUUGGAGCUAAUCAUGUCACUUGCUACGACAAACACUGCGAUAACAACGAGAUCCUGUGUGCUCCGCUUGGCCAGUGUCUGGACAACGCCACCAAGUGUAAUGGCCAGGACGACUGUCCAGAUAGUUCCGACGAAGAGGGCUGUCCAGCGACGUGUUGGACCGAGGAGUUCCAGUGCGCGGACGGCACCUGCAUCAAGGGCUUGUGGAAGUGUGAUGCGGAUGCAGACUGCGCGGAUGGUAGUGAUGAGGUCAAUUGCCCAGAACGCGCAUGUGAAGCAGACGAGUUCCGGUGCGACAGGAUCCGGUGUCUUCCCGCUUCCCACUACGUCUGCAACAACGACAAGGACUGCAGGGAUGGCACUGAUGAGAUGAACUGCCCACUCUGUAAACCAGAAGAGAUUCUGUGCUCUGACAACAAGACGUGCUACAGCCAGUCGUGGAUGUGUGAUGGCGACAACGACUGUCCCGACGGCAGCGAUGAACACGACUGCAACAACACUUGUUCACCUUCCCAGUUUGCAUGUACCAGUGGUCAGUGUAUUGACCUGGUCAGCAAAUGUGACCACUUUCCUGACUGCUUGGAUGAAUCUGACGAAGCUGAUUGUAAGAUGAAGACCAACAUAUUAGAAGCAGAGUGUCCUAAGGGAGACUACGCGUGUUCCAUGUUUCUUGGAAUCAACAAGUGUGUCCGAAAAGAUGUUAUGUGCAACGGGUACAGAGACUGUCCCCAUGGAGACGACGAAACAAACUGUCAAUUGGAGUGUGGCGAAAAUGAGUUCAAGUGUCGGACCGGAGAUCACUGCAUCGCUAAGUCCUUGGUGUGUGACGUGGGCUUUGACUGCCCAGAUGGCUCCGACGAGGACUGGGAAAACUGCGGCGCGUGUCCCGCGGGUACAUUCCAGUGCCUGAGUGGCCAGUGUAUUGAGGGGAAGCUCCAGUGUGACCUCAAGCCUGACUGUCCGGACGGAUCUGAUGAGACGGAACUGUGUGGUAAAUCCUGCAAGUUUGCAAACCUUGGCUGUAGUCAUAACUGCACGAUAACCAACGGAGGUGCACGGUGUAUUUGUCGCCAUGGCUACGAUUUGGGAGAAGAUUUAAGAAGCUGUUUGGAUAUCAACGAGUGUGAACACAUGAAUGGGACAUGCGGGCAAAUAUGUGAGAAUCUCAAGGGAGGUUACUCUUGUCACUGCACGGAAGGCUACAGCCUCGCGAUUGAUGGCCACACGUGUAAAGCACUGGGUGAGCGUCCGUACCUUCUGAUUGCUCACCUUCACGGCAUCAGCAAGAUCAACCUCAACACCAAAUCUAACGACUACACCAUCGAGACGUCACCACCGCCGAUGUUCAUUGAUGUACUCACACAGCCAGAAAGGAGACAUAUUUUCUGGUCAACUGAAGAGGUCGUUAAUGGUCGUAAUAUCUCCGUCAUCAAAAUGUACGCGGCGGCGCAUACAACAAAAGUUCGCACCUCGGGGAAGAUGACAGGUAUGGCUGUUGAUUGGCUGGCCAGGAACCUGUACUACACCCAGAACUUAAAUGACAAAGGGUUAAUCACCGUCUGUAGCAUAGACAGGAGGGGAGUGUGCAUAACUCUUCUGAAAAGGAGGAGAACAAUACCAUCCUCCAUUACUCUGCAUCCGCCCGAAGGACUCAUGUUUUGGCUGGCGGACACAGAGGGGCGGAUGACAAUCGCCCGCGGCUUCAUGGACGGGACUCACCAGGUGGACAUCGUGAGGUCACGCUUGCAGCGCCCAGUCGCUCUCAAUUUGGACUCCGUCACAAACAGGCUUUACUGGGCCGACGUGGGACUGAGUUCAAUCAGUACUUGUACCUUUGCAGGAAAGGAACAUGCUCCUGUGCUGGAGAGAUUGUCCUCCAACCCGUUUUCACUGGACUUCUUUGAGAACAGUUUGUUCCUGAGCGAACCUUAUUAUGUGGUUCAGUAUGCGAGAUUCAAGGAGACAAGCCACAAGAAAAGGAUAGCGCUGCAGGAGCUGCUGCAACCACGAGGGGUCAAGGUCGUCCACCCUGUCCGACAGGUCGUAACUGAUGGCAAGGGCAACCCGUGCCAGGCGACGAAGUGCAAGCAACUGUGUAUCCUGGUGCCAGGCCGCAAGACGCGGUGUAUGUGUCGGGACGGCAUGAAGUACUCCACCAUCGACAAGAAGUGCCACAACAUAUCCGUGCCAGACUUGCAGAACGAGGUGAUGAGAGGGAUGGAGUGUUUGAAUGGUGGAAUCCAGAAGAAAAACGCGACCCACGGUUCAUACUGCAGCUGCCCGCCGGGCUACGCUGGUUUCCGCUGUGAAGUCUCCAUCACUGCACUGGAGAAGAUGAAGGAGAAGGUUGAGGAAACGAGCAAGGCGUGGGUUGCAGGCGUGGUCUUGGCCAUUCUUCUCUUCACGGCGUGUGCUGCUGGGGCUAUCUAUUUCCUCCGCUCCAAAAGGAAAGGCAUCGACUUGGUGAGCAUCAUCAAGUUCCGCAACCCAACAUUCAGGAAAUCAAAAGAUGAAGAGUCUGAAGAAUUAGUCACGGAGAUAGCUUUUGGCAACCCUGGAUUCCAAGAUUUUGAUGAUAUCCCAGAUCAAGACUGGUUGACUAAACUAGUUGCGUCAACGUCCCGAAUGUCGGUCGACUCCGCGUUCGCAAGUCGCCAGGGCAGUUUUGUCUCCAGUGUAACUGGCCAAGAUGGCUGUCACCUAAACAAGAACACAUAAACCUCAAAUGGGCUACACAUGACUUACUUGAGACUGAUUCAUGUUCGAACCAUAUUUAUCCAUUGUGCCUGUUGGCUUUUGACCAAGCGUAAAUGUGUAAAGAGUGGGGAUUGGUCUUUAAAAAUAAAACAAUAUAUUUUCUGCUGGAUAUAACUUAUUUCUAAAAGGCAAGUUUGUUGUCCUGCAUGUGCUGAGAGAUCUGUAUGGAUAUUUGAUAUUUCCCACCCAUUGUGAGUGUACACCUGAGUGAUUGUAUUCAGUCCCGAAAUCACUGUUACCGCCCGUUUGAUAUUAUCAGAAUAGCCGUCUUCUGUCCAUUGUUGGUAUUUGUUGUGUGUGUUCACCUAUGUUAGAGACACUUGUUUUCUUUGCGACAGUUUUAUGGAUGUUGACAUCUUGAGUAAUCUUACAAAGGUAGAUAGGGGCACGGGCGGCCAGUCGUCUUAGGAUCCGCAAUUCGUUGUGGAGAGUUGCGUCCCUUGGGCACGUCAGAAACCUGAGGUCGAAGGUUCGAAUCACGGUUCGCACCGAUGAUUUUUCUUGGUGUGUCAGCACCAUACCAGUACGAGUUUGUGGAUUUCACCGAA